AAUUAGUGAAGGUAAAGUAUUCCUUUCUUUUUGCAGAGUACACUUGUGGACAUAUGCAGUUACAUAACAGCAAGGAAUACUCCACAUCAAUGAUUGCAAUGAUGAUUGUAUAAGUGCAAUAUUUAAUGCAUUUGUUGUCCAUUGUUGUUGCUUUAGAUACUGAAUUAACAGCCGCAGAUGUUGGCUUGACUGGCUAAAGACCACAAAGUGUUAAGUAUGUAAACGAACUCCAAAAUGAUUAAUGAUGUAUUAAAGCUCUACGCAAUCCCUCCGAAUGAACUGAGAUUGUUUAUAGGGUAGGAACCGCAUAUAAACCUACCUGAUCAAAGUUUGGGAUGGUAAACUUGUCUAUUUCACACAAAAUAUACCUCACAUAGAUUAAGCUGGAUCAAAGGUGGAGGUGCAAUGUUUAUUUGGCUUUUUACCUAUCUGUGUGUGAUUUAAGGGAAAAUUAUAAUCAGACUGUUUUACAUAUGAAAAGACUGAGCUAAUUCAAAUUCAGGACAUGGUUCUGAGCCAGGCCAGUCCAAUGCUUUGCACACAUGGAUGUGAUUCGCAACCAUUAAUGACUUCACGAGGCUUGUUAAACUGCAUGCCUUGUUAGUUUACUAGUCCCCGAAAAAGACGUGGUGCUUUUAAAGGGUGGAGGUGUCUUCUUCAGAGCAAAUCUACAGGCGUGAUCCUACAUAACCUGUAGCCAAACUACCAGGAGGUCUACAACAGUAUGGAGUUUCCUGAUCAAGAGCAGGUGGAUGGUCUACUUGAGAACCGUGUUCAGGAGUCUAUGGCCGACGUGCAGACAGAUAGUGAAGAGCAUGCCGCUGUAGGAAAGAAACAUAUAGAAGAGGAGUUUGUUGGUGGAUCUCUCGCUCCAGCUCACUCUCUUUGGACCACUGAUGCUAGAGGAUCAGUCAGGCUUAGAAUAGAAGAAGGAUGUCCAGAGGAACCUAUCACAGUCCACCAAAUGUUCAAAGCCUCAGUUGAAAAAUAUGGACACAUGCAUGCACUCGCCAGCAAGAAAAACAACAAAUGGGAAAAAAUAACUUUCUUAGAGUAUUAUCAAUUGUGCCGGAGAGCAGCCAAGAGCUUUAUAAAGCUUGGUUUAGAGCGAUUCCAUGGAGUGGCAAUACUAGGAUUCAAUUCAGCAGAAUGGUUCUUCUCUGCAGUCGGUGCCAUCAUGGCAGGAGGGAUCAUGACAGGAAUUUAUGCCACAAACUCACCAGAAGCGUGUCAGUAUGUGGCUAGUGACUCCAAAGCCAACAUCAUUGUGGUUGAAAACCAAAAGCAAUUGGAUAAAAUCCUGCAGAUACGUGACACACUGCCCCAUUUGAAAGCCAUAGUGCAGUACAGUGGGCAGCUCCAGCAGAAGCUCUCCAAUCUCUACUCUUGGGAAGAAUUCAUGGAGCUUGGUCUGGAUGUUUCUGAAAAACAACUGGAUGACAUCAGCAGCAGCCAGAGAGCCAACCAAUGCUGCGUCUUGAUCUACACAUCUGGCACCACAGGCACGCCGAAAGGAGCUAUGCUCAGUCACGACAAUAUCACCUGGACUGCCAAUCAUGCCAGCAGGGCUGGGGACAUGCAGCCAGCCGACACUAAACAGGAGUCACUCGUGAGCUACCUGCCUCUCAGCCACAUUGCCGCUCAGAUCUAUGAUCUCUGGACAGGCAUCCAGUGGGGUGAGCUGGUGUACUUUGCACAGCCAGAUGCCUUGAAGGGAAGCCUGAUAACUACGCUGAGAGAAGUUUGUCCCACAUCCCACAUGGGUGUCCCUCGUGUAUGGGAAAAAAUGAUGGAGAAGAUUAAACAGGGCAUUAGUCAGAGUGGAUAUGUGAAAAAGAAACUGGUGACAUGGGCAAUGUCAGUAAGCCUGGAGGCCAAUCAAAAGUGCAUGCAAAAGGAAGAGGAGAAACCAUUGCUGCUGUCCCUGACUGACAGUCUUGUGCUGCAGAAGCUUCGGGCUGAGCUGGGCCUGUCUUGUUGUCAGAAGUUCUUCUCUGGAGCAGCACCAAUAGGUAGUGAAACUGUGCAGUUUUUCCUGGGACUGAACAUCCGCUUGUAUGAGGCUUAUGGUAUGAGUGAGAGCACAGGACCUCACUUCAUGUCAGGUCCCAACGUUUACAAAUUACCAAGUUGUGGUAAGGUGGUGCCUGGCUGUCGAUACAAAAUGGCCAACACAGACUCUGAGGGCACAGGUGAAAUUUGCUUUUGGGGACGAAACAUUUUCAUGGGUUUCCUCAAUAUGGAAGACAAGACAAGAGAAGCUUUGGAUGAAGAUGGAUGGCUGCAUUCUGGAGAUCUGGGGAAGAUAGAUGAAGAGGGUUUCUUGUACAUCACAGGGAGAAUAAAAGAGUUGAUCAUCACAGCUGGAGGGGAGAAUGUCCCCCCUGUUCCCAUAGAGGAAGCAGUGAAGAAGGAGCUACCUAUCAUUAGCAAUGCCAUGCUGAUAGGGGACAAGAGGAAGUUCUUGUCCAUGAUUUUAACCCUAAAGUGUUGUAGCAAUGCAGAGACCAUGGAGCCAACAGAGGAGCUGAGUGUGGAGGCUGUGGAGUUUUGCCAACAGCAAGGAAGCCAGGCAACCAAAGUGUCUGACAUCAUUGGAGGAAAAGAUAAAGAAGUGUUACAGGCAAUUCAAGAGGGAAUCGACAGAGUCAACUCUGCAGCCACAUCUAAUGCCCAGCGCAUACAAAAGUGGACUAUUCUGCUGAAGGACUUCUCUGUUUCUGGAGGAGAGCUGGGUCCCACUAUGAAGCUUCGUCGCCCUGUUGUGUUGGAGAUGUACCAAACGGUCAUAGAGAGCCUCUAUCAAGAAUAGCGUUAUGUUCCUGGAGAGAUUACUGUGUAACUAUUAGUAUGAAAAGUACAUGUCAACUGCAUAGCUCAUCAUUCUUGUGGACGUACAUGGAAUUUAAUAUCGGUCUU